AUGAGUUCCAAACAAGUACUAGUAGAAGACCCUCCCUCUUUCCUCUUCCACUUCCCUUCUCCUUACAAUAUUUACUGUGAAGACGACAACCUUUUUCUCCACUGCCUCCAUGACCAUGAUAAUUAUACUACUAGUAUAGGCGCCGAGGCCGUGACUAACAUGGAAAAUGAUGAAAAAAGUAACCACGACCAGUGUGCAGAUAUUGGGGGACUAGUGAAUGGAGAUCAUCAUUGCAUGACCGAGCAGAUAUCAGCACCGGAAAAGAGUAGCAGUACUACCGGAAAGGAUAGGCAGAGAAAGAUCGAAACAGCUCGAGGUCCAAGAGGCCGAAGAAUGAGACUGUCCCUUGAAGUUGCCCGCGACUUCUUCCAUCUUCAAGACAUGCUGGGAUUCGAUAAAGCUAGUAUGACAAUCCAAUGGUUGAUGAAGAAGUCCAGAGCCUCCAUCAACGAACUCGUCGGCUCGUGCUGCAGUACAACUGUUGCUGUUGCUGCUGCUGCUGCUGCUGCUGGUGCAAACAUUAGCGCUUCUUCUUCUACUUCGGAGUUGUGUAAUGAAGUAAUGGUGUCUUCCAUUAAGAUCGUGACCAAAGGUUCGAAACCCUUGUCGACGAGGUCGAGACGUGUUGCAAAGAAGAAAAAGGAAGUUAAUGCAUGGCGUAGAAUUGCAUUAAUGAACCCUGAGGCAAUACGAGAAUCGAGGGCCAAGGCAAGAGAGAGGGCUAGGGAGCUCACAAGAGAAAAAAAGAAGAUGAGACUCCACCAAUCAAAAGUAGUACCAUGUUUAGGAGCAAGCAACUGCGACUUGAGUACUCCCUUUGUCACGGCCGGUGGUGAUCCAGAGCAGAAUCAUAAUAUGUUGGAUGAUUGGAGCUCACCUAUCAUCCUCAGUUGUCAGCGUGAUAUUGGAAUGCCCCAAGAGCAAUAUCAAUCUACAGAUUUUUACCAAGUGCUUUGUGGAUCACUGGUAUCUUCUUUAUCUCCUAAAAUGGAUGGUGAAGGUUUGAAUCUCCAAAUAAGCAAAGUUAAUGUGUGA